AUGUCAAAUCAAAAGUAAUCAAAACAAAAUUUGUAAAGAUAGGUAGGUGCGUAAACUUUUUGUAAUAACAAGAUUUUCUGUCCACUUUGUUAUAUCUUGCUUUCGUUAUUCAUUUAAACGAACUAUGUAUGGUGUUUAAAGUUUACUAAAAGAAGAGUAUCAGUAUACGCCGAAUUAUAUAAUAUAAACUGAUAAGGAGGAUAAGGGAAAAGGGCUUGUUAGAGGGAUAAGGCAAUUUCCUACGAAUUUUCACCAUGAAUGCUACUGAAUACAAGAGCUAUCAUGAAACAUUUAUGUCUAAUAACCAUGGGUCGACUGUUUUUCACACAUUUUGCUGCAUUAUGUAUACCGUUGAAUGUUCACUCUUCACGACAGUUUCGGGAAUGUGCCGGAGUUCGAAAUACUCCCAGUAUGUGUAUGAAUAUAUCAUCAUUGUACUAUCUCUAGUAGCCGCCAACACUAUUCUGUCGGAUUACAUAUAUAUCCUUAAUGUUUCUAUAUUAUUUCCUCUUAUUUAUGAAGUCUACCAGCAUUGUUAUCAUUUAGAUAUGGUGAAGAAGUUCACUCUACCCAAUGAUUUUAAAAAGUUACAGACUAUAUCCGCAGUGAGAGGCCUUACAUACUUAAUGACAGUGUGUUGUAUUCUAGCUGUAGAUUUUAAAAGUUUUCCUAGAUAUUUAGCUAAGACUGAAAACUAUGGUUACAGUUUGAUGGACACAGGAGUAGGGUUUUUCGUUCUUAUAAGUGGUCUUGUUCAUAAAGACGUGAGGGAAAGAGGUAUAAUUUAUGUUUUGAAAAGUAAUGCUAAAUUUGUAUCAAUUCUUCUGUGCCUCGGUGUUGGGAGAUAUGUAUCUGUGAAGCAGUUUGAGUACCAUGAACAUGUCACGGAAUAUGGAGUCCAUUGGAACUUUUUCUUUACAAUAGCAGUGUGUAAAGUGGUCUCCAGUCUAUUAUUGUAUUUUUCCAACAAGCGGUUGUUAUUAAGCAUUGUUACAUUAGCUAUUCACGAGUUCUUUCUUUACUAUGGUUUGGAAGAGUGGGUGUUCAGUAAUGCACCUCGCACAGACCUCAUCUCUGCUAACCGAGAAGGAAUAUCAUCAAGCCUGGGUUAUGUCUCAAUGUACUUAUUUGCUGCACACUACCAAACAAUAUUCCUUGAUAAAGUUGCUGAAAGAAGUAAAGUCAUGAAGAAUCUAACUUUAAGUGUUGGAGUAUUAUGGAUCUUAACUUAUGUUGUGCCAGUAAUAAAGCCGGCAUCUAGAACAUUGGCCAAUGCUGGUUACUGCUUGUAUGUGGAGGCAAUAUUGUGGUCAAUAAUGAUGGUGUUGUACUACUGUGAAGUAGUUUAUGAUGAUUUUGAAGCACCUUUGAUACUUUCAGACAUCAAUAGAAAUGGAUUAUCUUGCUUCUUAAUUGCCAACUUGAUGACAGGUGCUAUAAAUUUGAACAUAAGAACAUUACUUGUUUCAAAUGAGUGGUCCUUCUUUAUUUUGAAUGUUUACAUGAUUUUGUUAUUGUCAUUCACCUCUUUACUGAAAAUUAUAGGAUUGAGAAUAUAAAAACACAUACAGUUAACAAAAUAUUCUAUUUAUUGUAAAAAUAUAAUUUAACUUGUUACUAUAUUAAAAAUAUGGACUUAAACUAAAUUAUAAAUUGUACAACUUCUGUUGGUUGAUAUGAGGACAAAUUUAAAAAAAACCAAAGGAAAACAGUACAUUCCCUUUGAAAAGAUUAUAUAUUAUUUUAUUUCUUUAUUUUGUACUGCCUGAGGCUUAGUAAGAUAACAUACAAACAUAGGAUAAAGGUAAAACAACCAGAGUUAUAAUAAUACUAUAUAUCUAGACUAAUGAAAUCCUAAUCAAAAUUGGACUUUUCUAUUUAUGCAUUUCUUAAAAACCCCUGUUUUUUUUUUUCAAAAUAUUUAUUCUUAUACUAUGUAAUAUAGUUGAAUUGGAAUUGUGCCUACUUCUAAAAAAUUGGAGGUUCUCAGUGCCCUAACAUGUACUUUUAUUAUUUUGUAUAAUUGAGUAUUAGAUAAGGUUGGUAUUGAAUUACUAGCUAGAAUAUCUUUUUUGCAUUUAUAAUGUAUUCACCUGUGGUAAGAUAAAGACUUUAUGUUAUUAGUAUUUUAGUUACCUGAGGCAUAGCAUAACUGUUUUGUUAUAAUAAUUAUAAAAUAUUUUUAUAAAGUAUUUUUUUAUUUAGUUUUUAUAACAAUGAAUUAACUAAAAAUUUUAUAAAGGUUACUAUUUUAAAUAAUUUUAAAUGAAAACAAUAAUAAUAAUAACUGUGGAAUGCAAAAUGGGGCAAAUGCUAAGCUAUAUAAAUAAGAGCUAAAUUAAGGAAUGUUUGACACAUCAUUGUAAUUACUCAACAGUGUUAAUUUUACAUAACCUAUAUAAAAAAAGGAAACAUCUUACACCAAAAAAAAAUCUAAAUAAAAUUUCUAAUAUGCAUCAGAAAAAAAAAGGAAUUAAAAGUGUAUUUGUUUGUUCAUCAUUCAGAGAAGAACAUAUGGAACAUUUAUAGAUACGAAAAUCAGUACAGUGUUUACAAUAUUUCAAUGUUAAAUUCUUCAUUUAAAGUUGGCAACCCCAUAAUAAUACAAAAUCUAUUAAAGAUGGGCCUCAUACUUUUUAUUUAUAAUAUUUUAAUCUUAUAAUCAGUAUUGCAGUA